AUGAUAGCAAGUGGGAACAAAGUCAUUACCAUCAAAGCCUGCUUCAUUCAAGUAUUUUUUGUCAUCCUCUUUGGAGCAACAGAAUUUUUUCUGUUGGCUGUGAUGUCCUAUGAAUGCUGUGUGGCCAUCUGCAAACCCCUGCAUUACGUGACCAUCAUGAACAGCAGAGACUGCAGGAACCUCAUCCUCUGUUGUUGGACAUCUGGCUUACUGAGCAUCCUUCCACCCCUUUCUUUGAGCCUUAAUCUGGAAUUCUGUGACUCUGUUAUUGGCCAUUUUGUCUGUGACGCUUCUCCAAUACUGAAGAAUUCAUGUACAGAUACGUGGCUCAUAGAGCAGCUGGCCAUACUCUGUGCUGUGUUGACUCUGAUUGUGACACUUAUGUGUGUGGUUCUGUCCUACAUGUACAUCAUUAGGACGGUUCUAAGAAUACCCUCUUCCCAGCAGAGGAAAAAAGCCUUUUCCACCUGUUCUUCCCACAUGAUUGUGGUUUCCAUCAGCUAUGGCAGCUGCAUUUUUAUGUAUAUCAACUCUUCAGCUAAGGAUGAGGUGUCCAUUAAUAAGGCUGUUUCUCUGCUCAUUGUGUCUGUUGCCCCUUUGUUGAACCCCUUCUUUUAUACCCUUGUAAAUUAA